AGCCAACACUCCGUGUCAAUUCUGCAGCAUGCCAGUGUUUGCGCUCUGUAUCUCAUUUGGGGAGGUAUCUCGGCGUUACGCAUGUAUGCGAUCAAUGGUCGAAACAAGUGGACGCCUUCGGUUACGAUGGCCUUGGCAUUUGUGCCUGUGGCCAUCAACGUGCGUGUCUUCUUAGUGGACAAGAAGUGGACCGCCUCACGGCCUCCAGACUGCAUCAUCUACGAAGCUAUCUCAAACACCACAACUUGCGAACUCGAGAUCAUCACUCGGGUUUGUUCCAUUGUGGCAGACUCCCUCGUCCUAAUAGAAACUUGGCGUCACACCUACGGCAUCAACAAACUGGCGCGUGGCCUCACAACGAAGCCCUCCGUCACGUCGCUUCUCCUCAGAGACGGUACCACCUACUUCUGUGUACUGCUCACAGUAAACAUCGGUUCCACAGCGCUGUGCGCAAAGAACUUGAACCUUACGAUCGAGUUUGAAAACUUCUAUUUCGUGCUCACUACUAUCUUGCUCUCUCGGUUCUUUCUGAAUCUCCGAGAAAUCUACCUUCUACCCGACCCUGGCUCAAACUCGUCAACAUUCUCUGAUAUCCGGUUCGCGGAUGCAUUGAACAAGCUGGGUGGAUCCCUGGCUCAACGUUCAGACGAUCCCGAGGGCGCGCUAGGCAUAUCAAAUCUCAAUGGCGCAUCCACGUUUGACAUCGACGAGGAGGGAGAGUUUCCGGAGUCGGAGAGGAACAAUUUCCUGUUGUGACGAGAGACAAUACUGUAUGUACGUAGCCUAUGAUCGUGUUGCACCUGAGAGUCAGCCACUGGC